AUGGCAAGCUCAUACCCAAACCCUAAGCGAGCUGGUGAGGAUUUCACUCGCACCCAUCACGGCCAAGAUGAGCUUGAAGGUCCAGAUAGCAAGAAACCCCGAUUCGAUCUUCGCAACCCCUCCGCACUCGCACCCGAUACUCUCGACGAAGACCAGUUCCUAGACGCCGAUGAGAUUGGAAAACGUGGCCAAAAAGUGCGUCGCAAAGCAGUCAACAUUGAUGGCUACGACUCAGACAGCGAGAAUGAAGGGUUCUCAGCACGCAUGGAAGAAAAGUCUAAGCGCAAGCUCGAGAAACAUGACGCCGAGGACGACGAUAUGUUCGCCGAGCUACAGGAGGACUUUGGCGAGGAAGAGAUUGAUGCCGACGAAGCGAUGCGCAAGAACAAGAAAAAUGUCCGUUUCUUGCGAGACGAUGAGAUCGAGGGCCAAGAUGCAUCCUCAAAGGGUGGAAAAGCAUUGCACGCGGACCUGAGCAAAGGCGCCGGCGAAAUAGAUCUCGAGGAAGAUGAAGAAAGUGAAAGCGACGUCGGGGAAGAGGAGCGCGCCAAGAUUGACACCGAAUUGGACGAGGAGCUCGGCGCGGGCGCGAAGAAAAAGAAUGCGCCCCUGCUUGAUGCUUUCAACAUGAGUGCUGAGCAGGAGGAGGGACGGUUUGAUGACCAGGGCAACUUCGUUCGCAAAGCUGUCGAUCCAGAUGCUGUCUACGACUCUUGGCUAGACGGCGUGUCCAAGAAGGAUAUCCGAAAGGCAAAAGAAGCCGCCGAGAAGCGUGACGAGGAGAGGAAAGAAAAGGAUCGCAUCAACGACAGUGUUCUGACAGCAGAUGUCUUGACGACCAUAAUCACACACCUUGAGCGUGGUGAGACGAUACUGGAAGCCCUGGCUCGACUAGGAAAAGGCCUCCAACGAAAGCCCAAGUGGCAGAACAGGAAGAAGAACAAAAAGAACAAUGCCCCGGAAGACACCGAAAUGACAGAUGAGAACCCCGACGAAGUCAACAGAAGGAAGGCGAUCGACUCUCUUACCGGUGCUGCGGAUAUCCUCAUGGGCCGAGGACAGCCCGAAAUCUACGACACGGAGCGCGAGCUCUUGACUCGGCAAUACCGCAAUGAGACGGGCGAGAAUUGGGUUGAUCCACCAGCUAUUUCAGACGACGGCGAGUCCGAGCAGCGACCUACUAUGUGGGAGUUCCGAUGGGCUGAUGCUCGCGAUGGCGGCGAUGCUCAUGGCCCUUACGACGGCGCCAUGAUGGAAUCGUGGAAGGGCGCUGGCUACUUUGGCGAAGGUGUAGAAUUCCGCCGAGUUGGAGAUACAGGACCAUGGAGUCAAGCAGUGAGCUUUGUGUAA